AUGAGGGAGAACCCGGCCCGCCGGCGACGUCUUGACGACAACUCCGAGCGAUCUAGGACUCCUUCAGCCGCCUCAAGCCAGUUUCCUCUAACUGAAUAUGAAUCCUCUAACGUGUUCCCAACCUCUACAACCAAUCAGAACAGCGAUCCCGGCCUGGAUAUGUUGAUCUCGUCAUCUAUGGACCUCACACCCUGGGGCGACUCUGCCUCCGACCUAGCUUGGAGUUGCUUGAUGGGUUUGCCUCUUGGAGCUGAUCUUCUCCCUGAACCCUUUGAGCCAUCUUUAUGUGCCGAUACGACGGAAAAGAAUCAAGAAAUCGAACCUGAAGUGCCAGUGACGGGCGAGGUUGGCUCAAUUGUUUCGAGACCAAACCCCUGGCCAACCAAAGACUCGCUGGGCCCUUUGCUAUCAGCAACUCUAUCCUCUCCCAGUGAAGAGAUAGCCUAUGCCUACUACCUCAACCACACCUCCUCACGGAUACCCGCUUACGAUGGACCCCAUAACCCCUACCGGAAGCUCUGUCUCGUCUCCGUAUCUUAUCCACUCCUCUUGCACACUAUCCUCUAUGUCUCUACCGUGAGCAUGUUCAACUAUGGGCGCACUGAUAGCUCUCUGAUCGCCAAGCACCAAUCUCAAGCAUCAAGCCUGCUGCAAAACGCGACCGCGUUCCUCAGAGCAGAGAAUGGGAAACCAGGCCAAGAAAUGCCUGGUCGGAGCCAUGCGCUGUCUGUCCUUUCCCUUAGGGAGGUCACUCUUGCAGCAUAUCUGAUGCACAUUGUGACUGAGGUCAUGUCAGGUAGCCAGACUGCAGAAACCUUCCUUCAGAACGCCUAUCAACUCAUGGUAGAGCUGGGAUAUAUCGAGAGUAUGCCGGAGAGCUACUAUGCGCGACUCCUUGUUCACAGAUUCGCAAUCAUCGAUGUCGUCCUCGCUUUUCUGCGACGACGAAAGCCUAUUGCGCCCAUGAGCUUUGUUCUUUAUCAGCAAGAUGAAGAAAUGGACCAAAAUGAGCCGUCUUUUCGCGAGUUAACUGGUUGCCCUCAACCAGUUCUUGCCUACCUGGCCAGGAUAUCCCAUCUGGCCUAUGAUGCAGCUGCCUAUCAAGGGAAUAGCUCGUCGCACCUGGCAGAGGCCUAUCAGCUCGAGACUGAAAUGCGCACCUGGGGACAGAGAUAUCCGGUGUCGUUUGCUCUGGGAGUCGAUCAAGCAAACGCGCAGAUAGGCCCAGCAGAUGAUCGCAAGGAUCUCGACACAUUAAGUGAGUGCUUCUACUGGACAGCGCAACUCUUGCUAGCGAGGAGAGUGUUUCUGGAUCCUACAUCAUCGCCCCGGGUCCAGUUUCUGAGACGACAUCUGUUUAUUCUCAUGGAUCGUCUCCCAGCGGGUUGUGGCCCAGACUCAUCACUCCCGUUCCCGUUCUAUAUGGCUGCGCGCGAGGCCAUGACUUCCGAGGAUCGCGACUGGGUUCGGACAAAACACGUCGAGAUGAUUAAUGUAUACCGUGAUAGGUCUAGAGAGAUCAUGAUGGGAUUGACUGAAGAGAUAUGGAGCAAGGCAGAUGAGGCUGCAAAUGGGAGUGUCUCGGGUGGGCAUGGAAGCUUGGUUGUGUUGGAGAACGACAUGUAUAUACAUGUGCUGGAUACGGUAGCUUCUCACUUUGUGUUUUAG